GGCUCUGGCACAAUUUCCUGAAGCGCUCCUGCAAGAUAGCUCCGCCUCUUCCGUCUGGUAGCUAUAUAAGGGUACGACGUCACUUCCGUUCUCUCUUCCACAGGAGGCCUACACGCCGCCGCUGGGGCCGCCGCCAUGUCUCUAGUAAUCCCUGAGAAGUUCCAGCACAUUUUGCGAGUACUCAACACCAAUAUCGAUGGGCGGCGGAAGAUAGCCUUUGCCAUCACUGCAAUUAAGGGUGUAGGGCGAAGAUAUGCUCAUGUGGUGUUGAGGAAAGCAGACAUCGAUCUCACCAAGAGGGCAGGAGAGCUCACUGAGGAUGAGGUAGAACGUGUGAUCACCAUUAUGCAGAAUCCACGCCAGUAUAAGAUCCCAGACUGGUUUUUGAACAGACAAAAGGAUGUGAAGGAUGGAAAAUACAGCCAGGUCCUGGCCAAUGGUCUGGAUAACAAACUCCGUGAAGACCUGGAACGACUGAAAAAGAUUCGGGCCCACAGAGGGCUGCGCCACUUCUGGGGACUUCGUGUCCGAGGCCAGCACACCAAGACCACAGGCCGCAGGGGCCGCACCGUGGGUGUGUCCAAGAAGAAAUAAAUCUGUAGACCUUGUCUGUUAAUAAAUAGUUUAUACACCUAA